ACAAGUGGCAUCUCCACCACCUUCUCAUCGUAAAACUACGAACCAGCUGCCCUCCCUCCUCCCCCCUCCCUUGCGGUUAACGCCGUACGGCGUACACUGAGUUAUUAUUAUUAUAACCAUUAUGGGUAGCCUACCAGACGGCCUGUCUACCUGCGAUAAAUUUUCCGUUUUCCGUAGUUCCGCUCUUGAAAAGUGAAAACCGGAACUGUUUACGGUGACGGUAACGUAAAUCGCUUUGUUUUUACYCGGCCGAUUGGGUUACGACUACGUUAGUUUCGUUUCUAAAAAUGUAAAUAAUUUUUCGAAAAAUAUCUAAUUUGCUUGAUACACGGGUAGUUGGUUAUCCAUUUCGUUUUCUCUAAGUGCCGUCACUAGAAUUAACAUCCAUACCUGUAGGUACACUAAUCACGCGUUAAGCCACUUGAAACUAGUAUUUCUUUAAAAGAAAUAUGCUUGCCUGUGCAGAAAUAUCAAAAAUGGAUACGUGCAGCAUUCAACAAAUUAAGCUGGGAUCGGAUAUUAUUGUUGAUGGUUUAUUUUUCAAUGAAACAAAUAUUAAAUUAAAUAGUUCUAACAAUCAAGUAAUUCUAUCAGAUUCAUAUAGUGAUCAAAAAUAUAUCCCAACAGACAUUCAUAAUGAAUUGGAAAAAGAUAAUUAUGAUGUUUAUAGUAAUAAAUCAAAAAGACUUAAACAUAAAUGUAAAAAAAUUCAACAAAUGUCCUUAGAUAAACUAAACCUUGAUACUCACCUCGAAAUUCGACUGCCUAUAAAACAAUCUUAUACAUGUACUAUUUGUCAAAAAUUAUUUCACUAUAAAUACCGAUAUGAUGCUCAUAUACAAAGUCACAAUGUUGAUAAACAAAAAUAUAAGUGUAAAAUUUGUGAUAAAUCUUUCACACGUAAAUACCAUAUUAGUAUCCACAAUAGAACACAUACGGGUGAAAAACCUUAUAAAUGCGACUUAUGUGAGAAAUUGUUCUCAAUGAAACAUCAUCUCCUCUCUCACAUUCGAACUCAUACUGGUGAAAAGCCUUACACAUGUGAUAUGUGUAAUGAAUCAUUUACCCGCAAAGAUAUACUGAGCAAGCAUGUUAGAACUCACAUAGGCGAACAACUUUUUACGUGUGUAAGAUGUCAUAAACAAUUUUCUAUGAAAACAUACACAGGAGAGAAACAAUACUUCUGUCAUUUGUGUCAACAGAUUGAGCCUCAAUCAAAUAUUGUGAACAACAUAAAUGCUAAACUUAAUCAUGACUUUGGCUUAGAAAUGUAUGACAAUAAUAAAUGUAUUGAAACAACAGACCUCAUUGACAUAAAAUAUGAAAACAAUAUAGAAAGUAUUGACAAUGAGUCAACGAUUCUAAUAUCAGCAUCAAACAUGUUAUCAUAUCAACCCUAUAAUGAAAUGUUAAAUWAUACCAAAGAAUUUCAAUCUGAUGUAAAAUGUCUUGAAACAUUCUGUAGUGUUGAGUUUAAAGAAAAGCCGUAUAAAUGUCACAUGUGUCAGCAAUUAUUUUCUAAUAAACAAAAUCUCGAUUCUCACAUUAGGAGUCAUACUACAAAACAACCUUAUACUUGUACAAUUUGUAAGAAAUCAUUUUUCUAUAAGUAUCGCUUUGAUGCCCAUAUAACAAAUCACAAAAUGGACAAGUAUAAAUGUAAAAUUUGUGAGAAAUCUUUUACCCGUAAAUACCAUUUUGAUACUCAUUAUAGAAUACAUACUGGUGAAAAACCUUUUAAAUGUGAAAUAUGUUUGAAAUUAUUUUCACUAAAACACCACCUAAUAUCACACAUUAGGACUCACACGGGUGAGAAACCGUUUAAUUGUGAGCUUUGCAAUGAAUCAUUUYGCCGUAAAGAUAUACUUAGUAAUCAUAUAAGAAUUCACACUGGAGAAAAACAGUUUGUUUGUGAUUAUUGUGAAAAACAAUUCUCUAUGAAACAAUAUUUAAUAAGACAUAUGAGAACACACACAGGAGAAAAACCAUUCAUUUGCCAUGUAUGUCAAAAAAGAUUUUCACAACGAUCUGGACUUGAUUGUCAUAUUAGAAUCCACACUGGGGAGAAGCCAUUUCAAUGUGAGGUGUGUAAGAAAUUAUUUUCUAGAAGAGACAAUUUAACAAUCCAUAUGACGACACAUAUUAGCACAGAAGUUGAUCAAUAAUGACAAUUAAAAGAAAACAUGUUGAUGUACUUAACAAAUAUGUAUUGCCAUUUCAGAAUUACAUAACUAUUAAUUAUAAUUCACCAUUUCUAGUCCUAACUAUCUCAACCAGCAAACAUCAAAACUUAUUGUAUAUACAAAGGGGAAUCCUUUUUAUACAUAUUUACACUUAUACUUAUGUUUUCUUCUAAUUUAU